AGUUGGCACUGGCUGCCUUAGACUGAAAAUCUCAUCCACACCUCUAUCUGUUUCCAAAUGGCUAGUUCUCAAUCUCUUCCUUUAUGUGAAAAAACACCCCUUAAAAUUAACACACUACAGAGAGCCCAGGAAAUUGCAAUUUUGUUCCUCUUCAUCUGUCUCCUUGUUUAUCGUCUCCUCUCCCUCACUGACCAUGGUUUUGUCUGGCUUCUUGCCUUCCUGUGUGAGUCUUGGUUUACCUUCAAUUGGGUUCUCACCCUCAUCAUCCAAUGGACCCCUGUUGAAUACAAAACUUACCCUCAAAACCUCUUGCAACAGGUGCCAGAGCUUCCUGCAGUGGACAUGUUUGUGACAACAGCAGAUGCAGAGCUAGAGCCGCCCAUCAUCACAGUGAACACAGUGCUCUCUCUUCUUGCUGUAGAUUAUCCAUCUCACAAGCUAGCUUGCUAUGUUUCUGAUGAUGGCUGCUCACCUCUCACCCUCUACUCUCUCACUGAAGCCUCUAAAUUUGCUCAGUUUUGGGUACCCUUUUGCAAAAAGUAUAAUAUUCAAGUUAGAGCUCCAUUCAGAUACUUCUCUGGCAAUUCCAAAUUGCCAAGUGAUAAUCCAAUUGGGUUUCUACAAGAAUGGACAAAAAUGAAGGAUGAGUAUCAAAAGCUCUGCCAAAAAAUUGAAGUUGCUGUCCAAAAUUUGGCAACCCUUGAUUUUUCUGGAGACUAUGUGGAUUUUGCUGACAUAGACAGAAGGAACCAUCCCACCAUAAUCAAGGUAAUAUGGGAGAACAAAGAAAGACUUUCAAAUAAUGGGGUGCCACAUUUAGUUUAUGUAGCCAGGGAGAAGCGUUCAGAUCAAUCACAUCACCACAAAGCUGGCGCCAUGAAUGUUUUGACCAGGGUCUCUGGUGUGAUGACAAAUGCUCCAUUUAUGUUGAACGUCGACUGCGAUAUGCAUGCCAACAAUUCAAAGAUCGUUCUGCAUGCGAUGUGCCUAUUGCUUGGCUUCAAGCAUGAAAAAGAAGGUGCAUUUGUCCAGUGCCCACAAAUGUUCUACGACACUUUGAAAGAUGAUCCAUUUGGAAACCAACUGCUUCUCCCUCUAAAAACAUCUUGGCCAGGGUUCGCUGGGAUGCAAGGACCUCCCUAUGCAGGGACCGGAUGUUUUCAAAGACGUAAAGUUAUCUACGGUUUUUCCUUGAUAGAUAGUGAAGGAAAUCUGAGGGAUGUGGCAUUGGAUAAAGAACGGUUUGGAAAUUCCACGGAGUUAAUCCAAUCAGCAACUCAUACUUUAUCAGAGAAAAUUGAUCAUCCUCAUGACCUUUCCAGUGCUGUUGAGGCAGCCAACCAAGUUGCUGGUUCUUCGUACGAGCACAAUACAUUGUGGGGGACAAAGGUAGGCUGGGUUUAUGGGUCAGUCACAGAAGAUAUGCUAACUGGGAUGAAGAUCCAUGCAAGGGGCUGGAAGUCUAUCUUAUGCAUGCCAGACCCACCAGGCUUUAUGGGUUCUGCACCCUCAUCUUCCCAUGUUAUCAUUGUUGAAGUCAAAGAACCGGCUCUCAUAUUCUUCGUUGCCGUGUUUUUAAUGAAGAUUUUGUACACCCUACGUUUUUACCUGGGAUUUGGCCUAUCAAUCAAGCAAUGGUGGAACCAUGUGAGAAUGGGGCCAUCGGGGAAAAUACCCUAUGUAACUGCAUCGCUAUUUGGAGUUGUAACCCUGGCAUUCAAGCUUUUGGGUAUAUCUGAGGUGGCAUUUGAAGUCACACAAAAGGACCAAUAUUCCUCUUCAAGUGAUGACCAAGAAGAUGAUGUCAAUGCUGGUAGGUUCACUUUUGAUGAGUCUCCAAUAUUUGUGCCGGCCACAACUCUCCUGUUUGUGCACUUCACAGCCCUAGCCAUGGGCUUGUUUGGGAUGCAACCACCGGCUCAUGGUGCGGAUGGGGCGGGGCUAGGUGAGAUGAUGUGCUGUGUUUGGGUGGUGCUAUGUUAUUGGCCAUUUCUCAAAGGGUUGUUUGGGAAGGGCAAAUAUGGAAUUCCAAUGCCUACUAUAUUCAAAUCAGCUGCCUUGGCCUUGCUUUUCAUGCACUUCUGUGGAAGGAUCCCUCUGCCACUGCGCCGCUGAUGGACUAUAGUUCCCCUUGGAUAGGCUAUAUUGAUAAAUUUUCCCUUAUUGUUAUUGUUUUUCCUAAUUGUAUUUUGUUUGAAUAAGGAAAGUACUUUCCUCCUUAUCAUGUAAAUAGGAGUUUCUACAUUAUUAUGAAUAGGAGUGUGACGUGUGUGUAUAAGUUUUUCUUUUUAUGUUUUUGAUAAAUUAUUUUUGCA